CGAGGGGGCGCUAACGGAGCACCAGGUGGUCACAGAAGCUUGAGAAAGGAAAGGCCGAAUACAGUGGGGAACAAUUCAGAGGCUAUCACUAGUAGCAAGCUAGCUAGCUAAAUAAGGCACCAGAUAGUCUAAUGCCGCCGUCUCUCUCAAGUGAUGGCAAAGGAACAGUGUUCACAAAUCGAAGCUGAAUUGUAUUACCUCAUUGCCAGAUUUCUGCAGUCGGGACCUUGUAAAAAGGCGGCACAGAUCCUUGUUGAGGAACUGGAAGAGUAUGAGUUGAUUCCUGAACGAUGGAGUUGGAACGGAAAGCGAUACAAACGAAACUUCGAAGACUGGGUGAUCCUAAACCAGCAUAUUCCAGCAGAUUAUCUCCUGCGAGUAUGCCGGCAAAUAGGGCCUCUCAUAGACAAGGCGGCUCCACCUUGCGUCCCAGGGGUGCAAACCCUGCUGGGGGUGGGGAAACAGUCUCUGCUCCGCACAUCUAGAAGUUGCAGCCAUGUCGCGUGGAGCGGGUCCGCCGUUGCUGCGCUUCACCGGGGACGACCGCCAGAACCCCCCGCCGGCGACACCCCCCCUCCCAGCGUCGUCUCCAUCAUGGGUGCCCGGCAGACCACAGGCUCCGCCCGCUUCGGCCACGCCCAGCCCACCUCCAGCUACUCUGGCCUGAAGCUUCACCGCAGGAUCCUGGGGCACCUGUCCUCCGUGUACUGUGUGGCCUUCGACCGCACCGGCCGACGCAUCUUCACCGGUUCAGACGACUGUUUGGUGAAGAUCUGGUCGACAGACGACGGGCGUCUGCUGUCCACGCUGCGCGGCCACGCGGCCGAGAUCUCCGACAUGGCGGUGAACUACGAGAACACGCUCAUCGCCUCGGCCAGCUGUGACAAGAUCAUCAGGGUGUGGUGCCUCCGCACCUGCGCGCCCAUCACCGUGCUGCAGGGGCACGCCGCUUCCAUCACCUCCAUACAGUUCUGUCCGGGGGUCAAAGGGAUGAUGCGGUAUCUGGCCUCCACAGGAGCGGACGGCAUGGUGUGCUUCUGGCUGUGGCACUCGCUCACCAUGAAGUUCAGCGAUCGUCCUGUCAAGUUCAUCGAGCGCUCCCGUCCCGGCGUCCAGAUCUCCUCCUCCUCCUUCAGCAGUGGCGGGAUGUUCCUGGCCACAGGAAGCACGGACCAUGUGAUCAGGGUGUACUACCUGGGCUCUGACAUCCCCAUGAAGCUGUCGGAGCUGGAUGCUCACAUGGACAAGGUUGUGGUCGUCCAGUUCUGUAACAACAGUGACAGCCUGAGGUUUGUGAGCGGCAGUCGUGACGGCACCGCCAGAGUCUGGCAUUACCAGCAGCAGGAGUGGAAGAGCAUCAGUCUGGACAUCGCCGCCAGACUACCGGGGACUGCUGUGGUGAACGGAGAUGAUAAGACCAAGCUGGUGGUUACCAUGGUGGCGUGGGACCGUGGCGACCGUACGGUCAUCACCGCCGUCUCCAACUACCUGCUGAAGGUGUGGAGCUCCACCUCUGGACAGCUGCUGCACGUGCUCUCUGGCCAUGAUGAUGAGGUGUUUGUCCUGGAAGCUCACCCCUUUGACCAGCGCAUCAUGCUGUCUGCUGGCCACGACGGCAACAUCUUCAUCUGGGACCUGUCCAAGGGAGACAAGAUACGCAACUUCUUCAACAUGAUUGAAGGCCAGGGCCAUGGUGCUGUGUUCGACUGCAAGUUCUCUGCUGACGGCCAGCACUUCGCCUGCACAGACUCCCACGGCCAUCUGCUCGUCUUUGGCUUCGGCUGUAGCGGCCCGUACGAGAAGAUUCCAGACCAGAUGUUCUUCCAUACCGACUUCCGCCCACUGAUCCGUGACGCCAACAACUAUGUCCUGGACGAGCAGACCCAGCAGGCGCCCCACCUCAUGCCCCCGCCCUUCCUGGUGGACGUGGACGGGAACCCACACCCUCCCCACUACCAGCGCCUGGUUCCUGGCAGGGAGAGCUGCAAGGAGGAGCAGCUGGUGCCUCAGCUAGGCUACGUAGCUAACGGUGAUGGGGAGGUGGUGGAGCAGGUGAUUGGUCAGCAGACAGCAGAGCGUGACCAGGCCGGGGCAGGAAGCCUAUUGGACAACCUGAUCAGAGAGCUGCAGGACCAGCACAAUGGAGAUGGAGAUCUGGACACAGAGGCCCAGCCUGUUCCGGAGGGUGAGCAGGAGGGCGUGGCGGCGGAGGCCAGCGCGGGCACGCUGAGCAGCGGCCAGGUGCAGGGAGUGCGUCAGAUGCACCACAACGCCCCCCGCAGCCAGAUGGCCACCGAGAGAGACCUGCUCGCAUGGAGCAGGAGGGUGGUGGUGACGGAGGUACAGCAGGGGGUCCACAGGGUGAUGGAGGAAACGAGGCGGGCCAAGGGGGAGGUGGAGUGUUCUCUGUACAACACUGAGAGGAAGAAGAAGCCUGUGGCUGCUGCCACCCCUAGCGACCCCCAGGUGUCGUCCGUUCGCACCCUGCGGCCGAGCCGGAGGAAGAAGCCGCAGAGGCACUCCUACCAGACUCGCUCUGCACGCGUGCGGCGCCCGGCCGACCGGGGCAGGGGAGGGGGGGCCAGGGCGAGCGACAGCCAGGCGGACUCCGACAGCGAUGGAGAGGCAGAGGAGCAGAUGGAGGCCAGCGAUGCGUCGUCUGACGGUGAAGCCAGGUGGCAGAGCGACAGCAGCUCCAGCGAGUCGUCCAGCGACUACUCUGAUUGGACGGCUGACGCUGGGAUCAACCUCCAGCCUCCCAAACGGACGAGCCGGCGGCAGGUCCGCCCCCCGGGAUACAGCAGCUCCGAGGAGGGAGAGGGAGAGGGGGGGGAGGGGGAGUCCAGCCGGAGACCAGCGGAUAAGAAGAAGAAAAAGAGGCCAACCCAGACCAAACAGAAGAAGCCCAGCACGUCUCUCUCUCUGGCUGGGUGUGACGCGGAGGAGUGGCUGCCCCCCUCCUGGAUCAUGGAGACCUUCCCCCGUCGCUCUCCCUUCGUGCCCCAGAUGGGCGAUGAGCUCAUCUACUUCAGGCAGGGCCACCAGGCCUACGUCAGGGCCGUCCGUAGGGCCAAGGCCUACAGCAUCAACCCUCAGAAGCAGCCCUGGAACAAGCUCAACCUCAGGGACCAGGAGUCUGUGAAGGUGGUUGGCAUCAAGUAUGAGGUGGGCCCUCCCACUCUGUGCUGUCUGAAGCUGGCCUUCCUGGACCCCAUAUCAGGCAAAAUGACCAGCGAGUCCUUCUCCCUCAAGUACCAUGACAUGCCUGACGUCAUCGAUUUCUUGGUGCUACAGCAGUUUUAUAAUGAAGCUAAAGAACACAACUGGCAACCAGGUAUGCGCUUCCGGAGUAUCAUCGACAACGCCUGGUGGUUCGGCUCUGUGGAGGACCAGCAGCCCUUACAGUCAGAGUACCCAGACAGCCUGUUCCAGUGUUACAUAGUCCAGUGGGACAACGGGGAGAGAGAGAGGAUGAGCCCGUGGGACAUGGAGCCCAUUCCUGAUGAAGCUGCGUUCCCGGAGGAGGAGGGAGACGGCGUUCCGGUGACGGAGGAGGAGCUGCGGUCCCUGCUGUACGUGCCGCAGGAGGGGGAGUGGGGAGCGCACAGCCGGGAUGAGGACUGUGAGAGGGUCGUCCACGCCAUCGAUGACCUGCUGACGUUAGAUGUGGCGAAGGCGUUUGGCGUGCCGGUGGACCUGCGUGAUUACCCCCAGUACUGCACCGUGGUGGCCUACCUCACAGACCUCAGCACCAUCCGCAAGAAGCUGGAGAACCGCUUCUACAGGCGUAUCUCUGCUCUCAUGUGGGAGGUGCGCUACAUCGAGCACAACGCUCGCACCUUCAACGAGCCCCAGAGCCCCAUCGUGGCUGCGGCAAAGGUGGUGACCGACGUGCUACUGCUCUUCAUCGGGGACCAGAGCAGCUUCGACAUCAUGGAUCUGUACCACCGGGUCAAGACGGAGAUGAGCAGCGGAGAGGAGGAGACCGUGGAGGUGGAUGUGGACUCGGACACCCCAGGCACGUCCACAGGACAGCGGCACCCCCGGGCGUCUCCUAAGAAGCGCGGGGUGGUGUUAGACGUGCGAGCGUGGCGGGGGCAGUGUCUGGAGCUGGUGAGGCGCAUGGUGGACUCCCCCGACUCUGAGCCCUUCAGACAGCCUGUAGACCUCUUCAUAUACCCAGACUACAGGGACAUCAUUGACACCCCGAUGGACCUGGGCACCGUGUCGGAGACCCUGCUGGAGGGGAACUACGAGAACCCCAUGGAGUUCUCCAAAGACGUCCGCCUCAUCUUCAGCAACUCCAAGGCCUACACGCCCAACAAGAAGUCCCAGAUCUACACCAUGACCCUCAGCCUGUCGGCCUCGUUUGAGAAGCAGAUCAUCGCCAUCAUCUCCGACUACAAGUCGGCGUUUCAGAACCAGCGCAGGAGCCGCCAGAGGCAGAACUACAGGAAGAGACUUCACAGUGGAGGCAGCUCCCCUCCCCCCAGCACACCCUGCAGUCCCAGAGGGAAACACAAGUCAGGGAAGAAAACCAAACCAAACAAAUCCAGGACCUCAUCCAAAACCUCAUCCAAGAGUCGACCUCGCCGGCCGUCUCAAGCAGCAUCAGAGUCCAGCGGCGGGCUGGUGGAUGAGGACAGCCAGAGCUCAGGGCCAGCCAGCCACAGCAGCUCCCAGGGCCCCAGCAGGCAGACCCGCAGCAGGGCCCCGGGCCGCAGGGCGCCCAGCAGCAGGGCAGCGCCGCUGCGUAACGGACCUCUAACCAACGGCUCCAGACAGAGUCUGAGGAGACAUCUGCUCAGCGCCAAUCAGGAGCAGGCGUCUGGCAGGUCCAACAGCUCCUCCUCCUCAUCGUCCUCCUCAUCAUCCUCAUCCUCCUCGUCAUCCUCGUCUUCGUCCUCCUCGUCCGACGGGGACGGAGAGUCCGACUCGGACGUGGAGAAGUUUGUGGAGGGGGGCGACCACGACUACAGUAAGGCUCCCUGCCUCCACACUCGCAGCAGGGGCCAGGCAGCAGCCCCAGGGAAGAGGAGGAGGAGAGGAGAGAGGCUCCCAGAGAGGGCUAAACGAGCCCGGAUACAGCAGGAGGAAGAGGAGGAGGAGGAGGAGGAAGAGGAGGACGAGGAAGGAAAGGUGGAGGAGGAGGAGGAGGAGGAGGAGGAGGAAGGGAAAGAGGAGGGGGGCCAGGACGAGGAGGAGGAGGAAGAGGAGGGCCAAGAAGAGGAAGGUGAGGAGGAGGAGGAGGAGGAAGAGGAGGAGGAGGAGCAGGAGCAGCCUCAGGAGGAGGAGGAGGAGCCUGAUGAGGAGGAGGAGGAGGGGGAGGACACGGACCAGGAGGAGGAGGAGGAGGGGGGGGUUACCAGGGCGACGGCGGCGGAGCUCCGACCGAGGAGCCGCCGGCAGAGGAAAGGUCUGCGUGUGAACACCAGGAACCAGGGGCGCAGGACGGUGCUGUACAACGACGAGUCUGAGGAGGAGGCCCCUGCUGGGGAGGACCCGCUCAACCUGGGUCUGUCCCGCUCCGGGAGGGUGCGCCGCAUGACGGAGAAGGCUCGCGUCAGUCACCUGAUGGGCUGGAACCACUGACACCUUCAACCCCCCCCCCCCCUGCCGCCCCCCAGGGCUGCAACCAAGACUGUCGACUAACUACAAGGAAAUAAUGAAACAAAAUACUGCAGGGAUUUUCUUUUUUUGUUUUUCUUUUGUAUGAUUGUUGUAAUGAUGAUGAUUGACUUUGUGUUGAAGACUGUUUACGCCUCUAAACGGGCAGUGGUGCUGUAGACUUCUUACCAAGGAUUCCUUCCCUGGUCCGUACAGUCACAUGGACAUACACAAGACACUCCCUCACUCACCACCGCCUUACCGCUUUCGGCCCGGUGUAGUCCGAGUCUUCCCCACGUCUGCCUCAAUAUCUCUCUCUUUCUCAAAAUCUCUCUCGAUCUCUCCUUACCUCUCUCUC